AGACUCCGUUGUGACCGCAACAAGCCAUGUGGGAGUUGCAUCCGGUUAGGGCAGGCAACGAUAUGCACGUUUCCUCUGUCUCAGGUUCCUCGAGCUUCACAAAGAGACCCACCAAUGGACACUGCCACCCGAAAGAUUUUUCAGGAACGAAUCGACCAACUCGAAUCACUGGUUCGGUCUUUGCUUGAUAAGCAACAAAGCAAACUCAAUGCUCCAUUGCCUGACAGCGUGGCGUUUCCCAUGGCUACUGAUGUCGCCGGUGAUACAGAUCCUCUCACAUACGGGAGUGAUCACUGGAAAGCCAUCCUCGAUGAAAUCGGUGAUCUGAAGGGCAUGGUGCAGCAACAUCCCGAAGAUUUAGGGGAUCCCUAUACUGACCCGGUACUUCCUGGUAACGAUCUGUUUCUUCUUCAGACAUAUCCAACCACGAAGAUGGAUAUCAUUGCUACGAUUCCACCUCGUAUCGUUGUCGACAGCAUGAUAUCGAAGUACUUCAAGUGGGCCGAUAUGCCCGUUUCCCUUGUUGUUCAUCGCGGGGUCUUCUUCAAACAAUAUGAGGCUUUCUGGGAGGACCCACUUUCGACAUCGACCAUGUGGCUGACCAUACUAUAUGGCAUGAUGUACACUGUGGCGUAUUGUACCCUCUUCAUCAAUGGAGAUGCAGGCUCACUUGAUGAGACGACGGCAUCCGAAUAUCGUAGCAUAGUCAUAAUCUCACGAGAGAAGAUGAUACAGUGCCUGAGGCUAGGCAAUUACAUGAAGGGAGCGCCGCAUACUAUUGAAGCUCUUUUGGCCUUUCUGCAGACCGAAUACCUUCAAGGCGAAGACACACAACACGGAUGCUGGCAGUUGACAGGUGUCAUUAUACGUGUAGCGCUCAAGAUGGGCUAUCAUCGUGACGGCUCGCAUUUCCCAAACAUCAGUGUUUACGAGGCAGAAAUGCGCCGGCGUACUUGGUACAUACUCACACAAUUCGACACUGCAUCUGCUUCCCAGGUCGGCCUUCCGCGCAUCAUCAAAGAGACUCAAUGCGAUACCGCUGAACCUCGUAACCUUCUUGACGACGACUUCGACGACACUUCAACCGUAUUGCCGCCCGCUAGACCACAAAAUGAACACACGCUUGCUCAAUUCCUGGUCUACAAGAGUAGAAUUGUCUCCGUCUACGGAAUGAUCUGCGAUUUCACUACGUCAUCUAAGCAGCGAGACUACGAGGAAGCAAUGCGUUUGGAUGUAUUGCUCAAUACUGCAUACGCACAGAAGCCUCCUAUACUCGAGCUGAAAUCCAUGCAACGGUCUGUCUUAGACGGUGCUGAGCUCAUCACCCGCCGUAUUUAUAUGGCGAUGUCUUAUCAUCAUGCACAGAUCACCCUUCACCGCAAGUUCAUGAUUCUUGCGAAGGCAAAUAGCAAGUACAGCAUUUCACAUACGACAUGCGUGAAUGCGGCUACGGAGAUGUUACAACUACAGGCUGAGCUAUUUGAGCAGUGCCAGCCGGGGCGUAUGUUAUAUACUGAUCGAUGGAAGAUUCUUUCUUUGGUUCAAUCCGAGUUCUUGCUUGCCACGACUGUGUUGUGCUUCAACUUG